AUGUCUCCCAGAAACCUGCUUCUAUUCGGUGCUACGGGCACAAUUGGUUCAUUUAUCCUGGACGCCGUUCUCUCCGCACGUUCGCAAUUCGACCGCGUGGUGGUCUUUACCUCUCCGCGUACGGUAGAGACCAAAGCAUCGAGGAUCGAGAAUUUGAAAAUUCAGGGUGUCGAAAUCAUUGUCGGAGAUGUCGAGGAUGAGAGCGCAAUCAAGGCUGCCUAUCAAGGAAUCGACACCGUGAUUUCGGCAUUGGGUCGCAAUACUCUUGCCCAGCAGAUCCCUCUCAUUCGCCUAGCGGCGGCCAGCUCCAGUGUCAAAUGGUUCUUCCCCUCGGAGUACGGCACCGACAUUGCAUAUAGCCCCGCAUCGGCGCAUGAGAAGCCACAUCAGCAGAAGCUCAAAGUGCGCGCAGUGCUUGAGAAUGAAAUCUCACGGGACGAUCUUGAGUAUUCGUAUGUCGUCACCGGCCCAUUCGCGGAGAUGUAUCUACAUUUGACGCCCGGACUGGAGGAGGCGGGUGGGUGGGACGUCAAGUCACGGAAGGCUGUGCUGCUCGGGGAUAAAGGCACGGACAAGAUUAGUUUGACGACAAUGAAAGACGUGGGCACUUUUGUCCUAUCAACCCUACUUGACGCUACGCCCGAGACUCGCAAUCGCCCUCUCUGCGUCAACUCUUUUACCACUAGUCCCGCUGAGAUUCAAGCGGAAUUUGAACGCCAGACCACUGGCCAGUCCUGGGAUGCGGUUUCAUAUACAACCCUAGAUCGCUUACGCCUAUUGGAGACCGCGGCUUGGGAUGCGAGCAGCCCGACGGCGACGGUGCUGACGCUGCGCCGCAUCUGGACUGAGGGCGGCACUCUCUAUGCGCAGCGGGCCAACGGGCUCAUUGGGGAGCCCAAGACAAUGACUCUUGAGGAGGUUGUUGCGAAUGAGAUCCGCCGCGUGUCGUCACUAUAG